AGAGAAAUAUCAAUGCCAUCCUCUUCUCUUUAAUGUUGCCGAAAUGGAAAAUUAUGAAACACAGAGAGAUGAAAGAUAAAUGUAUUUAAUUUUUUCUUCUUUUAUUGGGUUAAAUGCCUUGCUCAAGUGCACAUCGACAAAUGUUUUACCUAGACAGCUUGGGGAUAACAAACCAGCAACCUUGCAGUUACUGGCCCAACACUCUUAAACGCUAGGCUACCUGCACUUAUCACAAUCCGUCAUUUCAUUACAUAAUUGGCCUCAACAGGUCAUUAACCUUUGCCAGUGUACUGACAUGAGCGGCGGGUUGCCCUUCUCCCAGGACUCCCCAACAUAGGCCUUGAUGAUCACUGACUGCCAAGUGACAUCAGCCUUGACGGACCAAUGUGUCACUAACUGCGUGAGUGGAGCAGAGGCAGAGGGUACGACAGUGGCACUCUGUUUCUGGGAGGGCACUGCCACCCCUUAUCGAAAUAAGCAGGGCCACCCGGCGCCCACUAUCAAACCCUAAUUGGCAUUACAGUUUGGAUGGCUGCAUGGCACCGGAGCGUGUACCAAGACCCAUGCCAGGUCUGGCACACUGGAGCUGGAGCCAUUGUCAGCUCAGGUGCUGGAAAGGGCAGCUUUUGACUUAGCGUUGCGACACCACCGAGGAUGCAGAGAAUGGCAUGUCACUUACCAUCAGUGGCUCCAUUGGCUGAAGCUUCCCUCUAUGUUUUAGGAAGCUUAAACAUUUGAUUUGUUUGUUUGUUUGUCCAUCUACCCACCCAAUAGGAUAAAGAAUAGGUCAUGGUGAAAAAAAGCCUAAAUUGAAGCCGGGGCAUGAACCCGGGGCAUGAAACAUUUCAAAUUCCAUCUACACCUUUGUUUUAUGUCAACCUCUUUUGUGAAAAAGCUAUAGAGCAUUUCUGUGGACUUUGUGUCUAGAUCGACAUUGGAGAUGGAUGCCUUUAUGUGGCUCCGUGCACAUGGGACUGGGCUCAUUGUCACAAUGCUAAACCAUUCAAAUGGAAUUCCUGGAAUAAUUAAGACUGACAAGAUCUCCUUGCCCCCAUAAAAGGAAAUCAUGUUUGUUUGCAGUGACUACAAAAAGCCUCCAUGUCACUCAUUUUGUCCCCAGCACAAUAGGCGUAAUUAUUGUUAAUUAAUAAAACUUCCACUAGCAUAGUCUGCGGUUAGCUCAGCCCAUCAUAUUGGGACAGUCCCUCAUGAUUAUUCAAUGAGUGGCUGCUUAAUAUGCAUGAGGGGGUGUAUUUGGGCUGAGGAGAGGCGCUGGCUCAGAGUGAGGGAGGGAGUGAGUUAGUGAGAGACAGACUGAGAGUAGAGCGUGCUUACUCCUACUCAGACACACUCAGGACACGCGUGCAUGACUGGCUGCACAGCCUUCAUGUAAAUCCUUUCAGCUAAACCUAUUUCCUGGGUGAGUUUGCGAGACGGAGCAGCCUGGUCAGCAGCUCCAUGUGAGCCAGCAGCCCAGAGAGAGAGACAACUUGCCUGGCAGAUUGGAGAGCAAGACUGUAUGGUGAGAUUCCUCCACCAUGGGAUGCAGCCUCUGUACCCUGCAGAAGCCUGAGGAGCAAUACAAACUACUCUAUGAAGUCUGCCAGGUGAAUGGGAAGGACCUGUCCAAGGCCACCCAUGACCAGGCAGUGGAGGUCUUCCGCACGGCCAAGGAGCCCAUCAUGGUCCAUGUGCUUCGCCGGGCCCCCCGCCCCAAACCCUCUAUCCCUGCCUCAGACACCGAGGUGGUAGACAUUAGCACCCAGACAGACAUCACCUUUCAACACAUCAUGGCCCUCACCAAGCUGCCUGCCUCCACCCCCGCCGUGGCUGUGCUGGAGCAAUACCUAAUGCCUGAGGAGCAUUCCCCUGGGCACGAGUACUUUGACUCCAAUGAUUUCCUGGAGGGCAUGCAGCAGGAGAUGGAUCGAGAGGAGCUGGAAUAUGAGGAAGUGGAUUUGUACAGAACCAACAUCCAGGACAAGCUUGGUUUGACUGUCUGCUACAGGACUGAUGAUGAGGACGAGACUGGGAUCUAUGUCAGUGAGAUUGACCCAAACAGCAUCGCUGCAAAGGAUGGCAGGAUCAGAGAGGGAGAUAGAAUUAUCCAGAUCAAUGGAAUUGAGAUCCAGAACCGAGAGGAUGCUGUGGCUUUGUUGACCAGUGAGGAGAAUCAGAAUGUGUGCCUGCUGGUAGCCAGACCAGAGAUCCAGCUGGAUGAGGGUUGGAUGGAUGACGACAGGAAUGACUUCUUGGAUGACCUCCACAUGGACAUGCUGGAGCAGCAGCACCACCAGGCCAUGCAGUUCACCGCCAGCAUGCUGCAGCAGAAGAAGCAUGAGGAGGAUGGUGGAACAACGGACACAGCCACCCUGUUGUCCAACCACCACGAGAAGGAUAGUGGGGUUGGCCGCACCGACGAGAGCACGCGCACCGACGAGAGCACACGCAACGACGAGAGCUCUGAGCAGGAGAACCUGGGGGAUGACCAGACUACAGCCUCCAACACACUGGGCAGCUGCAGCCGCAGGAAGCUGACCUACAGCCAGGACACCCUGGGCAGCACUGAACUGCCUUUCAGCAGUGAGUCCUUCAUCUCUGCAGACUACGACCAUGCUGACUUCCUGGGUAUCCCUGCAGAUGAGUGUGAGCGCUUCCGAGAGCUCCUGGAGCUGAAGUGCCAGGUGAGGAGCGUGGGGGGCCCCCAUGGCCUGUACUGCCAGAGUGCCAGGGCCGGAAGGGCCGAAGAGGGGGCCGAAGAGGGGGUGGACAAGGAGCUGGAGCUGCUGAACGAGGAGCUGCACAGCAUUGAGCUUGAAUGCCUCAACAUCGUCCGGGCCCACAAGAUGCAGCAGCUAAGGGAGCAGUACCGUGAGUCGUGGAUGCUGCACAACAGCGGGUUCCGCAACUACAACACCAGCAUCGAUGCGCGCCGCCACGAGCUCUCUGACAUUAACGAACUUCCCGAGAAGUCGGACAAGGACAGCUCCAGCGCCUACAACACUGGAGAGAGCUGCCGCAGCACCCCCCUCACCCUGGAGCUGUCCCCAGACAACUCCCUCCAAAGGAGGGAAGAGAACCAGGGCGAGGCCGGGGCCUAUAGCAGCACAGGGCUCAACAACAAGAUCCCCAAGCCCCUGCUGUCUCCUGUCCAAGAGGCCGAUGGUCCCGGCAGAAUCAGGCCCUCCUCCUCUAAGGAGUCUGAGUGUGACCUGCAGGCGGAGGAGAAGGAGCGUAAGCUGGGAGAGUCUACUCACAAGCUGGCCCAGCCCCGCUCCCUGUACAAACACGCCCACAUCCCGGCCCAUGCCCAGCACUACCAGAGCUACAUGCAGCUGAUCCAGCAGAAGUCUGCCGUGGAGUAUGCCCAGAGCCAAAUGAGCCUGGUCAGUCUGGUCAGCCGCGGUGACCCUGUGACCCCCAGAGACAUGCUGGAGCCCAAGAAGGAGUGGAAGGUGAAGAUCCGCAGCGAUGGCACACGCUACAUUACCAAGAGGCCCAUCAGGGACAAGCUGCUGAAGGAGCGCGCCCUGCGUAUCCGCGAGGAGCGCAGCGGCAUGACCACAGACGACGACGCCAUCAGCGAGCUGAAGAUCGGGCGGUACUGGAGCAAGGAGGAGAGGAAGCAGCACGCGGUGCGUGCCAAGGAGCAGAAACAGCGCCGCGAGUUCAUGAAGCAGAGCCGCGCCGACUGCCUGAAGGAACAGGCCAGCCUGGAUGACGACAAGAAGGAGCCCAAUAUCAUUGAGCUGAGCCACAAAAAGAUGAUGAAAAAGAGGAACAAGAAAAUCUUUGACAAUUGGAUGACUAUCCAGGAACUUUUGACCCACGGUGCUAAGUCGCCUGACGGCACGCGAGUGUACAACUCCCUCCUGUCUGUCACCACAGUGUAGGAGGCAGACAGGACAGGCCAGGCCUGGGGUGUAAUGUACUGUAAAUAGGACACUACCGAUUGGGGUACAGAUUUCUGCCUCGUUCAAUGUGGCAACAUUUUGUAAAUAUUAAACAGGUAAAGCCUUUCUGAAGGACCUUUUGGCCCCUGCGGGCGGUUGAAAGAUACUUUACAAAGUGUUCCAUGGAUGGACUUUGAAGAUGAUUAUUGACAGGAUAAUACUGUUUUCAAAUGCUUUCAAUAACUUUCCCACUGGGCACAUUUCCAACUGGGCAUUUUGGCUCAACGUAAUUUCAUUGAAAUGAUGUGGAAACAACGUUGACUCAACCAGUGUGUGCCCAGUGAGUUUCUACCUUUGUUCUGUGUGUCAAGACCGUUUGUCAUAAGUAAAGAGCAGCCAGCAUUUACGCAUUUUUUUGUUUUAUUACGUUUUGAACAAGUAUCUCUUAUCAGUAUUUUACUGUUAUACACUAUACAGUGCCUUCGGAAAGUAUUCAGACCCAUUUACAUUUUGUUACGUUUCAGCCUUAUUCUAAAAUGGAUUAAAUCAUUUUUCCCUCAUCAAUCUACACCCCAUACCGACACAACAAAAACAGGUAUUUAGAAAUGUUUGCUAAUUUAUAAAAUAAAAAAAACAGAAAUAUCACAUUUACAUAAGUAUUCAGACCCUUUACUCAGUACUUUGUUGAAACACCUUUGGAAGCUAUUACAGCCUCGAGUGUUCUUGGAUAUGAUGCUGCAGGUUUGGCACACCUGUAUUUGGGGAGUUCUUUCCAUUCUUCUCUGCAAAUCCCCUCAAGUUCUGUCAGGUUGGAUGGGGACCGUUGCUGCACAGCUUUUUUCAGGUCUCUCCAGGUCUCUCUUGGGUUCAAGUCCGGGCUCUGGCUGGGCCACUCAAGGACAUUCAGAGACUUGUCCCAAAGUUACUCCUGCAUUUCCAUGACUGUGUGCUUAGGGUAAUUGUUCUGUUCGAAGGUGAACAUUCGCACCAGUCUGAGGUCCUGAAUGCUCUGGAGAAGGUUUUCAUCAAGGAUCUCUCUGUACUUUGCUCCGUUCAGCUUUGCCUCAAUCCUGACUUGUCUCCCAGUCCCUGAAAAACAUCCCCACA